AUGCCCGAGGCUGUCGUCAAGAAACCCAAGAAGCCGAAAUCUUCUGCCAAGAAACCCAAAGGAUUGGAGCCGGCAAUGAAACGAUGGGACGAAUUGCCGUCAUUCAUUCAGACAAGCGUCAUCGAAAAACUGCCCUUUGAAACAAGAUAUUCGCUAUCGAAAUGCUCGAAGAAGAUGAUGGAAAUCGAGAAGGUGCCGCCCGUCUUCAUUCAUCGCUUCGAGCUUCUCGAAUCGGAGCUCUUCAAAAUGGAGCCCGUCGACGCUUAUGACAAGGCGAUCAUUGUGACUGUCGAUUUCGUCAAAGUGCCGUCGCACAAAAGCAUUCCAAUCAUUUUCCUCAAGACCGGCAAUGACACAGAAGUGUCAAGAGAAUACAUUCCGCAUUCAUUCCGCAGCGACGAGGUUCCGACCAUCUAUGAGAACACCGAUUACAUCGAGAAAUCUCUGGAGCUCUUCGAGAAACUGAUGAAACGCUCGAGGAAUCGAGUCGUCGAGCUCUCGAUCGACAUGCCAAGCUGGGAUAUUUCAAAGUCGGCUGUGAAGGAGGUGAACUGCGAGAUGUUCCAAAUCCGCUUCAACAAUAUCGAUCAAUUGAAUCAAGGCCUCGAAAUGCUCGGCGAGCAGGUCAAAAACCUUCGCGCGUUUUUCAAGUUUGAAGGAGCGAAACCGGAAACCAAAUUGGUGCCGAAAGAGAUUCUUGAGCACAAGCAGAUCCAAAACGCCGAAAUUCUGUUCAUACGCGGCAAUUGCCAAUUCACCGAGGAGCUUUUCAUGAGCUUAAAGGGCAAAGAGCUCAACUUCUCAUCGUCAACAAUUUCCGAUGCGAUGUACAACAAGUUCAUACUGAGAUGGAUCGACGGCGGUGGUGUUGACGACUUUCAAAAACUCAGCGCCUGGUACCCGAAAGAGUUCAAUGAGCAAAUUAUUCUGAAAAACGUAAUGUGUAAACUGUGGGACGACAAAUUCAAAAAGGAUAACGAAAGAUUCCUGAAUGAGUUCUUCUUCGCGUACGGCAAAGAUAGCUGCUAUCAAGUGCUACGCAAGGACGGACGUCAAUCAGCGACGAUCGCCGUAUCCGAACAAGAGGUUCUAUUCCUUGUCACUGGAAAGUUUUGCGAGAAAACCGACAGAAUGGAAUAUUACUGCACAUCUGAAUAA